AUGGAGGAAGAGCCGGCCAUAACGACGCGUGUAGGACGCGUCGUAGUGCCGUCAACUAGAGCUCGAGAAGCUCUGGAAGGCGCUGACAGCACCGACCCCAUUGCUGCGACUAGGAAGAUGACGUCGAAAGCAAAGCCAACUGCAGUAAGGAAGGCUGCUAGCCAGAUUGAGGAGAGACAGUGCGCCCAGGAUGAAAACCAAGUGAUGCUUAGAAAGAUGUGUCAGUACUUGAAGGGCACCUAUCAGGAGGUCAAAAGUUUACAAGAAAUGCUUAGUAAACAGGAAAAAAUUAUCCAGGAACAAAAUAACAUGAUCAAGGGACUGCAGGCCCAAAUAGAAGUAAUCCAAAACCAAUCUACGGAGGAUUGCAGGCAAUUCUGGGAGCAGCUGGAUACUAUCGCGAAGGUGUUAAUCAAUGCAGCUUCUAUGCAGAGCAAAUCACAACCGUCAUUCGCAAAUAUAACCAACAGCCAAUCUGGUUACCAGCAUAGUACACAUCUAGGCCCCCUAGGCCCUCUAGUGCCUCCUACAUUGGCUAAUACACUAUUUUGCACAAUUGAUACGUCUCGGGUUAGAGAAGAAGACAAACCCAAGGCGCAGAUAGCUAACAUCAGACAAAUGAUUGAAAAAGAGAUACAGGGAAAUGAAGGAAUGGAGAUCUGGUGUUGUGUGGCAACAGCAAUCCUAGAUAUGAAUAGUAAUGUUCUAUUAGGAGUAGCCGAGGCUCUAGGGAAAGAGAACAACGUCGAUAUUGCCAAGAUUACCUGGCUUAGCAAGAGGGACUCCAAUAAAGUAUAUGGAUCUAUAGUGGUAUAUAUCACCAAAGGAACAGACGCCAAACGCCUACUAGAAGGUAACUACUUCGAUAUAGCAGGAGAAUCUGCAUAUACUUGA